UUAUAACCUUAAUUCAAACCUUAAAAUUCACAUUCUUAGCCAUGCAAGCCAGUGAGCUCACGGACGUCCACUGCCUACUUCCUGCAUACCCAAAUCCUAACACGACCCAUCUAGCUAUGAACCUAAAUAAUUCAUCAACGAUCCCGUUCAACGUUAACCCGCUUUCGAACCCGUUUUACCAUCUUCAUAUGAAUCCACAAUUUCAAGAUUUUAACCCACAACCUAUGUAUUUUGGGAGCAAUUCGACUUCGGAUGAAGCGGAUGAGCAACAACUAAGCCUCAUAAAUGAAAGGAAACGGAGGAGGAUGAUAUCGAAUCGAGAGUCGGCACGGAGAUCACGGAUGCGGAAACAGAAGCAUUUAGAUGAACUUUGGUCACAAGUUAUAUGGCUAAGAAACGAAAACCACCAACUUAUUGACAAACUGAAUAAUUUCACAGAGACUCAUGAACGGGCCGUUGAGGAAAAUAAUCAGCUUAAAGAGGAAGUUUCGGGAUUGCGACAGAUGGUCGCCGAUAUGCAACUUAAUGGCACCUACACGACUUUAAGAGAUCUAGAUGAUAUCCACUGCAACGAUGCUUACCUAAGAACUGAAUCUUCAAACCAGUCGGUCUCGAGCUCGUCAGACUUUGUUUGAAACGAGCAGGGUCAUUUGGUUAGAUGACCCUUCCGGUAGUUAUUUUAAUCCAUAACCUUCUGACAUGUUUAAGAUUGUUACUUCCGUGCACAAUAAUACCUGUCAGAAGAUUAUGGAUUUAAAAGAGCAUUUAUCAAGAAGUCAUUUGGCUAAAUAACCCUACCGAGAAACAGAUUGUUUUCUUCUUUUUUUCUUUUUUAUUAUCAUCCAACUCAAUUACUGAGGUAUAUUAUAUAAACAGUAAGAGAUUGGAGAAGAUGUAGCAAAAUAGCAUAUCUAUUAUUCUAAUGGGUAGCUUAUGAGAUAC